AUGAUUACUUCUGCCUUGAAGAGCCAGAAAAGAAGUUUGAGAAGAACCGUGUCUUCACUCCUGACGACUCUCACGCCGCAUGACAUCCAAUCCCAAUCCAGAGCCAUUGCCAAGAACGUCGAGUCAUUGCUCCCUUUCCGACAGUGCCGGGCUGUCAGCUGUUACUUGAGUAUGCCUUCCGGUGAGGUCGACACUUCGUUUAUUGUAUCAAGCGUCUUGGCCUCUGGGAAGUCACUAUAUGUGCCGAAGAUCGACAAGCUGACGCCGGGGAGGAUGGACAUUCUGCGGGUCUACGAUUCCGAUGACCUGAGCUCUCUACCACCGGGUACAUGGGGGAUCAGGGAGCCCGAUGUCAGCAGAAAUGGCGAGCUUCGACAAAGUGUUCUUGACGACGAUUGCGACGACCUGGACGUUAUCUUGGUUCCCGGUGUUGCCUUCGAUCAUGCUCUGUCUCGACUGGGGCACGGCAAAGGCUACUAUGACCGGUUUAUCUCGUCGUACGUCGCGUCGGGGCGGAAGCGACCAGUGCUAGUCGCCCUGGCCCUCCGCGAGCAGAUCCUCGCAUCAGAAAUCGUACCAAUGGGAGAACAUGAUUGGGCAAUGGAUUACAUUGUGGGGCCUGACGGUGUUAUUACUCGGGGGGAUGUAUGA